UGUGUGAGGUCGUAGUAUUGGACUUAUCAGCCAGGGAACCACGGGUGUAGCACGGGAGAAACAUCUGGACUGACGGCGGCAGCAGCAGCAGCAGCAGCAGCGGGGACUGGAAGUCAAAUGAGAAUCAACCCGGCACAGCAAGAUGGAUGCUGCAAGUCUGAAGGGAACUCUAUCUACACAUGAGGAAAACUUCCCAACAGCUCUGCCAGUGAUGCUGGAUGUGGUCAGGGGUCCUGAUCGUCUUCCUGCUGAUGAGGAGAUAAAGGAAAUGUUAAGAGGGAAACUCCGCAUUUUGCAGGUUGACAGCAGCAAGGUCAAUGCUCUAUUCAAGGAAUUGUCUGCUCAUAUCAUCUCCAUCAACAGUGAAGACAAAGUUAUUUUUGUAAGAUUCAAAACAUUUGAGGAGAUAUGGAAGUUCACCACAUAUUAUACAAUAGGUUUCCUAGGUCAGUGUAUGGAGAAUUUGUUGCUUGACCAGAAGUUCUGGCUCAGUUCUUUGGGAGACGAUAUUGCUAUUGACGUUUCCAUUCAGGAGGAAACUCUUGACCUUAUCUACAAAGGCAUCCUCAUGCAAGAGGGUUCAUUGUUUGCUACUUGUAGUGCCAACCAGAUGUUUGACAGCUCCACAUCUGGAGGAGACCUGUACCUGGAGCAGGGAGACAUAGCCCAGUUUGAGCCUCCCUUUCUUGGCUCUGGUUGGUCUGUCCUCUGCUUAGCCGAUGGAGCCCGGGGCACUGCACCCAAACCUGCUCUGGAGCCAGUUAUUCCUUUCCAUCAAUGGUUUUUUAAGUCCUGUGCUGAGAACAUGUUAGUCGGUGGUGGGAAACCUGCCUGUGACUUCCCUCUGCAGUUUGCCAGAGGAACCUGCCUGGCCACAGCGGAGUAUGAUGCUGAGGGCCCAGAUGAGCUGAGCAUGGCACCAGGUGAUCGCAUCAUCAUUGUGGGAAUUCUGGUGUCUUGUUUUGACUGGUUCACAGGGAGGAAGGAGGUAACAGGAGAAGUGGGUCUGGUCAAGACUAGCCUUGUGACACCUUUCACUGACAUUUACAGCUCAACAGAUAUUUUCUUGGAGGAAGAGGAAGGGAUGUUCUUCAGUCUGAAAGAGGACAAAGUCAUAGAGGAAACAACUGCCCUAUUGAAGAAGAAAUCUCAAAAUGAUACUGGUCAGAACUAUAAACUGGAUAUUAUCAGUUACCAAGACUUUGAAAAGAAACCAUCACUCAGCUCUUCAGGCAAAGUUGAUCCUCAGCAGAUUGAUCUGAAGAGAAAUAUUCAGAGGAUUCUUGACCAAGGAAAAGACUCCUCAACAGAUUCCAUUGUGACCAUGAGUGGAUCUUUGGAGGACUUGGAGGUCCUGCCUACAGAGGCAAAGGACUCAAGUCCCCCAUGCUUCACUGUUCACCCAAUUGUAGAGGGAAACAACAACACUGAGAACUUCACUCACCUCUUCUCUUUUUUGGAGGGAAAGGACUGUAAAGAAGAGUUUGGUUUCCUGUAUAGGCUGAAUUCUGAAUGCCUCACCUCCACUACCUUCUCUGGGCACUCUGAUGAGAAUGAGCUGAUGGCCUUUCUGAGUGUUGCGAGGGAAACAGCGAAGAAGAAGCGACUCCUCUGGUCACAGACUCGUUUGUGCUUCCUGUUGGGUAAGCUCUGUGCUGGGAGGUCUAAGUUCAGCCAGGCUCGGGUUUACUUUGAGGAGGCCCUGAGUGUUCCACAAGAAGGCUUCAGUGAUCUCAAGUUGUUGACCAGCAUCUACUCCAACCUGGCUGCUAUAUAUAUUUUGCAGAAAAAUGCUGAAAGUUUCUUUGCUGUAACAGAGCGACUUGUUGCGUUUCUGUUGGGAAUCCCAGACUGCCUUGGAAGCUUAGAGGACAGCUCUGUUCUUAAAUACAUCCUCAAGAAAGCUGUUCUCUCUCAUAACAAAAUGGCAGAAGCCCGGGCUUGUUAUCUACUGGCAAAGCACCACUGCACUUGUGCUGACGGGGCUCAAGCUGUUCCAUACCUUGAGAGACUACUUGUUCUUUGUGCUGAAGCUCAAGGAACAUGGAGCAUGUCUCUCAGUCAUGGAUACCUGACCCUGGGAAGGGUCUACAGUGACCUCUGCCGUCCCAACCUCAGUGUCAGUUCAGCCAGGAAAGCUUCUCUGCAGCCAUCUGCCAAACUGAGAGACUGUCUUAACAGCAUGGUUCUAGCUCUGGACAAUGUCAAUAAACUGAAUGGGAUCACUGAGCAGGAGGCCUCCAUUCCAUCUCAGGUGGCUCCAUUUUUACAUCGAGCCCUCUCUUUUACCAAUGUUCAAGAAGGAGGAAGGAACCGAUACCAUGUUUUGCACCAUCAGCUUACUGUUUGUCUCUGCCAACUCUUUUACAAGCACAAAAUGGUUGAACAUGCUAUCCACCAUAUGCAUAUUCUCAUCAGCAACAGUCCACCUCUACAGGCAAUCCCCAUCUCUGUGCCAGAAAGAAACAGUACCUUCACCUGGCUGGCAUGGCUUCACAUUGACAACAACCAGCCCAAUGUUGCUUUGGAUAUACUGGACUUGGUUCUAUCUUCCAUGCCAGAACACUGCACAACCCCUCAGGAAGGUGUGGUCCUCAACAUGCAUGGUGUGGCACUUCGAUGUAUGGGCAAUCUUCAGAGAGCAGCAGAGAGCUACCAGGCUGCCAUUGACAUCUGCCAAGAGUAUGAGGACCUGCCAAACUUGGCUGUAGCUCAGGCUAACCUAGGGCUGUUGUGUCUGAAGGCUGGAGCUAAAGGACUAGCGCAGAGGCACCUGACUGAGGCUGUGCAGCUCUUCUCAGAGCUGGAUGAAGAAGGUCAUGAGGCAAACUUUAUCACUGUGCUCCUCAAGCUGGGGCAGCACUAUGUGAAGCAGCAGCAGCUGUACUAUGGAAAAGGAUGCUAUGAAUGGGCUUUAUUGCUGGCUAUCAAUGCCAACCUGUUAGACUGUCAGCUCACUGCGACCAGAAACCUGUGCCAUCUGUAUGGUUGUGAGAGUCCAGACCAGGAACAGUGUAUCAUCUAUAGCCAGCACCAGGUCCAGCUGCUGAGACAAUCAGGAGACAGAGGUCAGGAGGGAGAUGCACUGGAGGCUAUAAGCCAGCUCUACCUCACUCUGGGCACAGAAAGGGCGUACCGGGCAGCUCUCGACUACACCAAGAGCAGUCUGGGUAUUUACAUUGACCUGGGCUUCAGGGAGAAGGAGGCAUAUGGCUGGCUACAGGCUGGGAAGAUCUACCACCUGCUGGGCCAGACUGAACUGGUUGAUCUUUAUGUUCAGGUAGCUCAGGAUGUCGCUCUGAGCACAGGAGACACCAAGUUCAUCCUGAAGCUUCUGGAGGCUGCAGGAGACAUUUUCCUCAACAGUUGCCAGGACAGAGACAAGGCUGUCACCUUCUACAGGGACCGAGCUCUGCCCAUCGCAGUGAAGAGCAGCAGUGUUCAUACCAGGCUGAGAUUGUGCAAUAAGCUGACUGAAGUGAUGCUCAGUCUCAAGCUGUAUGGGGAAGCUGUUGAGUUUGCUCAGACUGCACUGGACAUCAGUAUCACUCAGGGUGAACGUCUGAAUGAGCGAGUGGCCUACCACCGCCUGGCCUGUCUAUACCGCUGUCUGGAGCAGUAUGAACUUGCUGAGCACUAUUACCUGAAGACUCUGACCCUCUGUCCGACACCUCUGCAGUUUGAGGAGGAAACACUGUACUAUGUCAGGGUCUACCAGACACUAGGGGACAUGAUAUUCUAUGACCUGAAGGACCCGUUUGAUGCUGCAGGUUACUACCACUUGGCUCUGGCUGCAGCCAUGGAUCUAGGCAACAAGAGAUCUCAGCUGCAGCUCUGCACACGUCUCGCCACCAUCUACCACAACUUCCUCAUAGACCGGGAGCUGUCUCUGUUCUUUUACCAGAGGGCAAGAGGAUUUGCUGCAGAGCUGAAUGUGAGAAGGAUUAACAUCUCACCAGAUCAACAUUAUAGCAGCAUCUCACAGUACACGGCCACUGGAAAAUAUUCUUUUACACAAAAAACUAACUUUCUGCAAGAUGUGUGAAGAAGUCAGACGUCACCAGAUGGCUGAAUGGAUGUGUUAUUUUUUUCUUUUUUGCCUUGUGUUUUUUGCACAGAAUAAUCUGAUUUCAUGAGAAACCCUGCACAAGUUAACGCACAGAAUAAAAUUAUCACAAAGGAAUUCCAAUUUUUUUAAGACACUCUGUGGAGAUGACAAAGAUGAAGGUGCCCCAGAUGAUUUAUUGUCACCUACAUUGUACUGUAAGCACAAGAUUCAGUGUUCAAUGAGGCCUUCAUGAAUCAGAAUUAAAUAAAUAGGUAAAUGUCCUAACCAAGCAAAGGACAAUUCAUGACAUUCAGAAUGUUGUGGGCCACUCACAACUGAAAUACAUGCUAAAGGAAGAACAUUGUUUCUUAUAUUCUUGGUUACAGCUAGUACAGAUUCACCUCAUCAAACAUAAACAGAAGUAUAUCAUUUGCAUAUUGUGACAUUUUUUGUGUUCUGAUACUUGUAAGGCCUUACCCGAUAGCUUAUAGUCACAGGUUUAGCUUUAGGCUCUAUGAACAAAGGAAGUAGGUGUUUUACAAUCAGAAACUGGUGUUUCUUGUUAUUCUGUAUUAUCAUUUCAAAUGUUUUUGAUUAUAAAGUAGGUCUGGGUGCUGUAGAAGAGCUCUAACUAUGAAUCAUGUAACAGCCAAGUUUUUUGGGGGGACAAGGAAGGGAAGAAUAUAAUUUUUUUUACAAAAAAAAUGUUUGUUUGUUAAAUACAAAUUAAAGUUCUCUGACACACA